AUGGACCAGAAUGAUAAUCCGUUUCGAUUAGAUGACGAUGACUCUGCUGAAGAGCAAAGCUUCCAAAACAAUCCUUUUGAGCAGAUGGUUGACAACGACGUGCACCAGGCGUCGAACCACGCUCAAAGGGGUAGCUUUGAUCUGAACGAUUACCAGGACUCAUACAACGAAACUGAUCCUUCACCAGCGCGCCAUUCCAUCCUCCGCCCGCCUUCGAAUGUUUACGACGCGACUCAGUCCAGCCUCUCAUCUGGCAGCUCGUUUCUGGGGUCUGAAAAACUAUCGUCCACGUCGUAUACGAGGCCAGUGAUAUACCAGCCCCCAGUGCCGCCACUGCCCUAUCAGCAAGGCUAUCCCGUGUUCCAGUCUUUUACGAGAGACGGAGACGAGCCAAUGAUUGAGGAUCUGCUUUUCGACAAGACGGAGAACGACGCUAUUGAGCCUUUCAAUGUAGCUACCUCCGGUGACACCAAGGUCCAAUUGCUGGACGACAAGCACUACAGUUUUGAUUUUCCGGUUCCCAAGCAGCUGGUUGCCCGCAUUCCGUUUGAGGACGCCAAGAACCUGACGGAGUUCACGUACUUGAGGUACCAUGCCAUUACAGCAGAUCCGAAGGACUUUACGAGCGGGGACCCCGAGAAGAGACGGGACAUUGUGAACUACCCGUUGCGGCCGAAUGUGUAUGGGGUGCGACGCGAGACAGAGCUCAUGAUCGUGUGUACGAUGUACAAUGAGGACGAGGUUCUGUUGGGCCGCACGCUUAAGGGCGUUUUCAAAAAUAUCAAGACGAUGUACAACUUGAAGGAGAAGAGCACUAACGAGCAUCCGUUUGGCAAAAACGCCUGGAAAAAAAUCGUGGUGGUGAUAGUCAGCGACGGGCGCUCCAAGAUCCACGAGAGGUCGAAGGCCCUGCUCACUUUGCUGGGCUGCUACCAGGAAGGUGUGAUCCAGGAGAAAGUGAACGGCGAGGACGUCAAUGCACACCUGUUUGAGUACACCACCACCUUUGGCAUUGGACAGUUCGACUACCAUCGCGGGGACCAGGGCAAGGGCUUCACUGUUCCAUUGGUGACGGAGCAGACUGUGCCUGUGCAGAUGAUGUUUUUACUCAAGGAGCAGAACAAGCAGAAGAUCAACUCGCACAGAUGGGCAUUCAACUUCCUGUGUCCAAACCUGAACCCGAAAAUCGUGUGCUUGCUGGACGUUGGCACCGAGCCAGGCCCGGACUCGAUCUACAAGCUUUGGCAGGCAUUCAAGGACCCGCAGGUUGGAGGGGCCUGCGGAGAAAUCAGGGCCAUGCUAGGAAAAAAGACGAGUCCGAACGACGAAGGCUCGGUUGUGGAGAAGUUGGGUCGCUGGGUCGUGCGAACCUUUUCUGACCUCAAAUGCGUGGUGCUGAAUCCACUGACUGCCGCACAGAAUUUCGAGUACAAAAUAUCCAACAUUCUUGACAAGCCGAUGGAGUCGGCAUUUGGCUUUGUCGCGGUUCUCCCUGGCGCUUUCAGCGCGUAUAAGUACGACGCGUUGCAGGGAGACCCUCUGCAGGCAUAUUUCCACGGCGAAGAUAUGAAAACAAACACGGAGAAGCCUGCCGGAACUCUGGAGUCCAACAUGUACCUGGCAGAAGACAGAAUUCUGUGUUUUGAGUUGGUGGCCAAGAAAGGAGCGUCGUACGUGCUGCGGUACGUCCACGACGCGUUUGGGGUCACCGACGUGCCUGGAAACAUUUCCGAGUUCAUCAACCAGCGGCGGAGAUGGCUCAACGGCUCUUUCUUCGCCGCGCUCUACUCGGUGAUGCAUUUCUAUCGGAUAGGCCGUUCCAACCACACUCUCCGCCGCAAACUCGUCCUGCUGGUGGAGGUGGUGUACCAGACGGUCAAUAUCGGUCUCUCGUGGCUAUCCAUCUCGUUCUACUUCCUGGUGUUCCGCAUACUGACUCUGGGACUCACAGACACCUCAGUCGGGUUCAAGGCCGGUAACAUACUGGCAGUGGUGUUCCUGUGGCUGUACAUUGCAGCUCUGACACUCACGUUUAUCAUCUCGUUUGGCAACAAGCCCAAGGACGCCAAACGGCUGUACCAGCUCGCGUUCCUGCUCUUCUCCAUAGUGAUGGCGUACAUGAUCUUCUGCGUGAUUAUGCUUACAAUCUCGUCGGUGCACGCAAUACAAAAGGAGAUCGCGGCCUCUACGAAAAGCAAGGUGCUGGCAUACCUGGAAAACUCCAAGUUCCGGGACCUGACGGUGGCGCUCUCGUCCACGUACGCGCUGUACAUUUUAGGGUCUCUGCUGUUUUUCGAGUUCUUCCACCUGUUCGGCUGCAGUCUGCAGUACAUAAUCCUGAGCCCUGCAUACAUCAACGUCUUGACCGUUUUCGCGUUCUGCAAUAUCCACGAUAUCUCGUGGGGAACCAAGGGAGCACUCAAGGUCGAGGAGGUGAGCAAGAAAGAGGCCAAUAAGAGCGAGUCGUCUAACGAGCUUAUCCUAUCAGAGGCCCUGCAGGACCCUGACGAGCUGUAUCUACUGGCCAACAACAAUAUUUCCAGGCCCGAGGCGGUCCAGAAGGAGAGCACCUUAAUAACCUCGGAACGGAAUUAUGCCUUGGGAAGAACGUACACGGUGCUUGCCUGGCUGGCGUCGAACUUUAUAGUUCUGGUUCUUGUGCUGCGAACGGGAGGACUGGACGACUACAAGGACCACAAGAACCACAAGGGUGCCAGUACUAGCACCACAACUACAAGCAAGAUGAAGAGAAGCGUGGACAGCAAGAGCUCCAACAGGUUCAUGACGUUCGUGCUUUGGUGUGUGUUUUGCCUGGCAUUGUUUCGCUUCCUUGGCCUGGUAGUCUACAGACUGGACACCUUUUUCCGCAAACGUCGCUACCACAAGCACCCAGUUAUCUAA